GCUUGAUCCUGUCUUCAGCAGGGAGGGGGGUGUGUUCACGGUGUCAGAGGCGAUGGAGCAGGAGCUGAGGUGGUGAAGGAGUACAAGGGCUGACACCAGUGAAGCUCAGGCUGUUCCCGUGGGGUCAGGGGUCACCUCACCAUGUCUAAGAAGGGACCUGGGGGUCGAGGCAGAUCGGAGAAGGUUGACGCCAUGGCAACACUCCAAUCCGCCAACGAAGAGCUGAGGGCUAAACUGACGGACAUCCAGAUUGAACUGCAGCAGGAGAAGACCAGGGUGAGCCGUCUGGAGCGUGAGAAGAGCCAGGAGGUGCGCCACGAGCAGAACCGCUCCACGGUGGCCGCCACGGAGCUGCGCGCCAAGCUCCAUGAGGAGAAGCUCAAGGAGGUCCACGCCGUCCGCGAGUCGUUGCUGCGGCAACACGAGAGCGAGCUGCUGCGCGUCAUCAAGGUGAAGGACGGCGAGAUCGUGAGGCUGCAGGGGCUGGUGGGCGCGCUGCGCGACGGCGCCUCCGACAAGGAGAAGACGGCGCUAGUGCUGGAGGCGCGGGAGGAGGCGCGGCGGAGCUACGACGGGGAGAGGAGCCGGAUGCAGCAGGAGCUCCUGGAGAUGAAGGGGGCGCGGCGGCACAUGGAAGAGUCCCUGACCGUGGCCCUGCAGGCCGACAAGACCAAGGCGGCAGAGAUCCGCAGCGUCCACCACUUCCACCAGGAGGAGAUCACGCGCAUCAAGAAGGAGUGUGAGAGGGAGAUCCGCCGGCUGAUGGAUGAGAUUAAGGUGAAAGACAGAGCAGUGUGUGUGCUGGACAAGGCGUUGGGGCUGCAGGCGGGCCACUCGCAGAGGCUCCAGCUGCAGAAGCAGGCGGUGGAGCAGCAGCUAGCCCAGCUCCGAGACACGGACAGGGGCCUGCAGAGCCCCAGAGCUGGCCAGGCCUCAGCAGAGCACCCCAACAGCCCCCAGUUGGAUGACAAGGACGUGCGGCGUUUCCAGCUGAAGAUCGCCGAGCUGAGUGCCAUCACCCGCAAGCUGGAGGACCGCAAUGCCCUGCUGUCUGAAGAACGCAACGAGCUGCUGAAGCGUCUGAGAGAGACAGAGAGCCAGUUCAUGCCCCUGCUGGACAAGAACAAGAGACUGAGCAGGAAGAAUGAGGAGCUGGCUCACGCCCUGCACCGCAUGGAGAACAAGCUGCGCUUCGUCACCCAGGAGAACAUGGAGAUGAGGGAGAAGGCUGGGACCAUCCGCAGACCCAGCUCUCUGAACGACCUGGACCAGAGCCAGGAGGAGAGGGAGAUAGAGUUCCUCCGACUGCAGGUGCUGGAGCAGCAGAACAUCAUCGACGACCUGUCAAAGGCACUGGAAACAGCUGGCUAUGUGAAAACGGUCAUUGAGAGAGACAUGUUAUUGAGGUACAGACGGCAGGACUCUGGCCGCAGGAAGAAAGGCUUCCGAGCCUGUAAGCAGCCAGUGAUCGAGACGUUCUUCGGUUAUGACGAGGAAGCGUCUGUGGACUCUGACGGCUCGUCCGUCUCUGUCCACACCCCCUGCACCCCGGAUGAGGACCCCGAGGAGGGUAUGGUGCGUGAGGAGACCGAGUUGAGGUUUCGUCAGCUGACCAUGGAGUACCAGGCUCUGCAGAGGGCCUACGCUCUGCUGCAGGAGCAGGUCGGGGGCACCUUCGACGCCGAGAAGGAGCUGAAGAUCAGGGAACAGCUCCACGCACAGCUGCUGCGCUAUCAAACCAGGAUACAGGACCUGGAAUGUUCUCUCUCUCAGCAAGGCCUGGAUGUAAAAUGGAUCGAAGAGAAGCAGGCUUUGUAUCAGAGGAACCAGGAACUGGUGGAGAAGGUCAAGAACAUUGAAACGGAGGAGUCCCGGCUGAAGAACGACAUCCAGGACGCCAGAGACCAGAACGAACUCUUAGAGUUCCGCAUCCUGGAACUAGAGGAGAGAGAGCGCAGGUCUCCGGGCAUCAGUUUCCAGCAGAUCCACUUUCCUGAAGGCCUCAGUCCUCUGCAGCUGUACUGUGAGGCAGAGGGAGUCCAUGACAUCAUCAUCUCUGAGCUGAUGAAGAAGUUGGACAUUCUGGGGGAUAACGCCAACCUGACCAAUGACGAGCAGGUGGUGGUGAUCCACGCCAGGACCGUGCUGACCCUGGCUGAGAAGUGGCUUGAGUCUAUAGAAGUCACCAAGUCAGCUUUGCAACAGAAAAUGCUGGACAUUGAAAGUGAGAAGCAUCUAUUUAGUAAGCAGAAAGGCUACUUGGAUGAGGAACUGGACUACAGGAAACAGUCGAUGGAUCAAGCGCAUAAGAGGAUCCUGGAGCUGGAGGCCAUGCUGUUUGACGCCCUGCAGCACGACGCGGGCGCCAAGCUGGCCGCGGGCCUGUCGGAGGAGGAGAGGGAGGGUCUGCGCGGGGCCGUGGAGCAGUGGAAGAGGCAGGUGCUGAGCGAGCUGCGCGAGAAGGACUCCCAGAUCCUCCGGGAGCGCAUGGACCUGCUGCAGCACGCCCAGAAGAGAAUCAAAGAGUUAGAGGAAUGGAUCGAAGCACAGAAGAGACAGAUCAAAGAGCUGGAGGAGAAGCCUUUAUCCUGUGGUCGUAGCUGUCCUUGUGAGCUCCUGUCAGCUCUCCAGAGAUGUCUCGACACUUCCUCCCAGAAGACAGGAUGCGACACCACUGUUCUGCCAGCAGUCGCCAGGGACGACCAGCGAUGGCGGCCGCCCGCCGGAGGGGGGCUGAUGUGUGUGUGUGUGUGUUUUUUCUCCAAGACUGUGGACUGUGUUUCUACUGCAGUGUGACCUCUGUGACCUCUGCCAGGCCUGUGUUGGAGUGCUGUGUGCGUGUGCGUGCGUGUGUCGCGUCUGUCUGUGGAAGACUUCCGUGUACAUUCAGGACAUCAACGUGUUUUUUUCUCCGUUUUCCCUGCUGAGCAGGUGGUGCUCUGCUUCCCUGUGGAAGCAUGACGAACUGAGAGAUAGACGUUUCCCCUCCCUUUCUCUCUUCCCCCACUCUCCCUCCCUCCGUCCCGCCGACCCCCCUCCCUGCCGGCAGGCGUCCUCUUCCACCCUCCUUCUCCAGUCUUUCCCGCUCCCUCCCUCCCUCUUUCCUCCCUUCUU